AUGCACAUCUACAUAGUCGUACCUUACAUCAUAGAGUACGUAUCACAGAGCCAACUACUGAUAUCACCUCGGUGGUUGCCUUCACGCUAUUCUGAUUCAGGCGUGACGAAACGACUGCACCAGCAGAUUCCAUGCGUGGUCAUGGAGUACCUUCCUUUGGGUAGUCUCUACGACUAUCUCAAGGGACGUGAUGGCGAGUAUCUACCUACCACUGCUGUACUGGCACUGGCCCAUCAGUUGGCUGAGGGUAUGAUAUAUCUCGAGAGCAAGGGCAUAGUGCACCGAGAUUUGGCCUCCAGAAACUGUCUCCUGGGCCCGCCCACCCCGGACUCACACGGCGUCCCGAUAUUGAAGGUCAGCGAUUUCGGGAUGUCGCGGAUACUGGAGAACGUUCAGGUGAUUGUGCAGAGCACCGACAACAAGGUGCAGGUGAUGAACCCGUACCUGUCUAUGACCACAAGCAUGACCACGAAUAGUCUGGGGGUGCUCGGGGAGAGUGACCCGAAAACACUGAGCAAUCGGGCGGGGAGCUCUAAGCGGUACAAGUCCAAAGAGUACAAGAAGGAGACGUACAACCAGAUCCUGCGGGUCGGGUGCACAGGGAAUGAAGGUAGCGAUUUGCUCAGGCAGUCGUCUGGCGAUGUAGUGGCGGACUUUGAGGGCAUGGGCGCAUUUAUACCAGUUCCAACCCCGACGGGUUUGUAUGCACAACCGGCAUCGACUCACCCGCAGCAGCACUGGGGAGUGAGCCAUGGUCAGCACAGUAUGUACAGCAAUAGCACCAGUAAUACCAAUAACGUAUCGCAUACCACCAUCGAGAAGAAUCGAAAGUCACUGAGGGUAGCCGCCGACACGUUGAUGAAUAAUCUGGUAGUGGUGGGCGAUAGGAUAUUGGGAAUCAGGAGAGCGAGCUGGGCCCCAGGCCAGAUGGAGGACAGGGGUGUGGUAGAGGGGAGUAUUCACGGACCUAUGCCCGGGCAGAUGCACCAGAACAUACAGCAGAGCGUGAUGCAGCCAAACAACGGCCAACCCUUCCAACAACAACUGUCCUACCAACGACCACCCUCCUACCACCAACAACAACAACAACCCUACCAAGGAUCACCAUGCUACCAAGAACAGCCAGCCUACCAAGAAUCAGAACAGCCCCAGGGUCAACUACAGUCCUAUGAGUUGCACCGCCAGAGUUUGUAUAAUGUUCCACAACAACCACGCCACCAAUAUAUGGGCAGAUCAAGCCCAGUCUCUCAGGCAGGUGUAGAUGAUGAAAUGGGGUAUCUGAACAUAAAUGCCAAGCGCCUUGCGCGCGGGUCAAAACCGGUCUCACAGGUAGGUGCUAAUGAAGAAAGGGGGUAUAUCAACAUUACUGCCAAGCACCUUGCCCCCGAACCACUGGCAAACAAGCAAAAGAGUAGCGGUCCAUCGUAUAUGGGCCGUAAUGGGGGCAAGGUGCGGCUGCACCAGGGGCCCAGCACAGAUGCUCUCUUCAUGGGUGUCAGGGAAUCACAGGCCUAUACGCACUCUGAUGAGGAUACAAUCAGCAGCACGGAGGCAAUAACGGCUGCCAGGGCUAUGGAUGUAGGUGCCCAUACAGGGGAGGUCUCGCACACACAGACACACAGCGGGGUGUCUCCUCAGGUCAAGCCCCGCCCCCGGCCCACGUCGCAUGGAAGCAGUCGGGGUGCCCGACGCAGCAGUACGGCCAGCGCCACACACAGUAUAUCCGAGCAGGAGGAAGAUGGAACAAGCAGAUCACACACGCACAUGCUCGGUGACCAUGGGACACGCUCAGACGAAGAUGGGCUCGGGUAUGCCAGUGAUGCCAUGCGGAAAUCAUAUGCAUCGACACCGGAGACUGGCUAUAAGGCCCAUGCGCACGCACACACACACGCACACGCACACGCACACGCACACGCACACGAAGACGACGAGGGCUACAGCGAAGAAGGCAACGAGUAUAUGGAGUCUGGCGGAGACGAGCGGGCCAAUGUGCCGCCCAUUACCAUGGCUCAGAUGGUAGGGUUUAAGGGACAUGACCUGGGCAUGAUUGACCAAGCAACGGGUGAGUGCAUUGAUGGUACCACGUGUUCAGGCUCAGUGGAGCUGCUGCCCAAUGGCAGGCGUCCGGAUAGUGUGAUCAGCUUCAACACGUGUUUCCCGAACUUCGAGGACGAGUUGAAGAAGGAGAAAGGAGCCUACAAGGACAAGGAGAUAUUCGAGGUGGGCGAUAAUGCUGCGCUGCCGCUGAGGUGGAUGGCCUUGGAAAGCGUGCAGAGGCACGUGUUCAGCACCAAGUCUGAUGUGUGGUCGUACGGGGUGGUGCUGUGGGAGAUUGCGAGCCUUGCUGCGUUGCCGUAUGGUCCGGGAGAUAUCCACGAGAUACUCGCCAAGAUCGAGACCGGGUAUCGGCUGGAGAGACCGAAGCACUGUCCCGAAUCAUUGUAUGAUAUCAUGCUUAGUUGCUGGCAGGAAGAACCAAACGACCGGCCCUACUUCGCCGAUAUUGGGGAAAAUCUGAGCUUCACCCUGGGCGAGAUAGUCCGCAAGCGGAAUCUGGACAACAAGUCCUCGGGCAACAGGACUGGGUACAUCAGCAGUUGCUUUGAUCAGGACCACCUGCGCUCACAGUAUGUAAUGGAAGCACAAGCGCAAGCGCCAGCUCAAGCGCCAGCGCAGCGGAAACAGAGCCAAAACUUGCAGCAGGUGGCGUCUACAGGACACUACCUACAGGCAGCACAUCUAUCGAUGAAGCCCAGUGAGAGCCUGAGCCAAGCAGGCCCGCGGGUAUUGCACAAUGUGGAAAGUUCCGGGAACUAUCUGGUGGCGACGCCGAACACGCCGAUGGUAGGGGACUCCGAUGCGAGGGCUAAGUUUUUAUACAGUUUCAUGGAGGACGAGACACACUCAACGCCGCACGUGUUGGGUGUGGGGAGUAAUUCUUCGGACACCUUCCACUAUUAUGAAUGUGGACCGGUGUCCAAUAAGAACCACAGAAGCAGCUCUAUGCUAUACAGCAACAGUAAUGAGUCGGGCAUGGGUAGCAGUGGGACAUCACUGCGUGGACAUCAGAUGUCACCACGUGGGCCUCAGCUUUCACCACGUGUGCAUACACCGCCCAGUGCACACAUGCUGUCGGUGGAGAGGCCGCACACCUAUGCGCGACCGCAUAUCAGAGGCUAUGACCCUGACGAAAGCCCGUCGUCGAUGUGAUUGGAGGAGAGUAAAUAGGUUAAUAAUAAUAUACAGCCCAAUUUAUAGAGUACACAUGGUAUUUCACAUCGUAGCUGUGUUAAAGCAAUUACAACAACAGAGAAAACAAUCCAACGCCUGAUCAAGCAAACACCUUAUCUUUCCUGGUUUACAAACUACAUUGGUAGAUUUUAUCUGGACGUUACCAAACUCUUCCGACUGAUAUAUAAUCGGGAGGAAAUAACACCACAAGAUGUAUAUGUCGCAACAUAGCGGACCUAAAAAGUCGGUCACCAGAAACAUGGCCUUGUGCACAUCUUUACAGCAGCACGUGUCAAAUAUCUCAAUUUGAAAUGAGCGCGUUGAGGCUAAUGAUGUGUAUGCAAAGUAACUUCCCUCCGCUAAAUUUCUAGGCCAGAUCUCUUCGAUAAUCGGUUAUAAGUGUUUACCUUUCGUCUUGCAACAAACAAUGCCUACGAAUGCUUGAUGACGGAUGCACGCUAACUUAGUUCUUAGUUUGAAUAGUCAACCUGGUACACAAACCAGAGUGCUUCUAAAGCCAGGUGAUAAAACAGCAAGCAAGUGUAAGAUAUAUCAAACUUGGCAUGAGCGCGUUUAGGCUAGUGAUGCGUAAGAGAUGUCCUGGUACUAUUCAAUAAAACCGUCGUACAGG